AGUGGGAGAGAGAGAAAGAUGAUUACUUGUUGUUGCUCUUUUUUUCUUCUUUCUUUUCUUGCUUAUUACAGAUAAGUCACUAUAAGCCAAAAAGACUAAAGUAUAAGAAUAAAAAAAUUGAAGAGAAGGUGAUAACAAGUUAGAAGAAAAUGAAUUACGCAUUUAGAGAAUAAGGAGUUUCAAAUCGAGAAAAAAAUUUAUUUACUUAUUUCAAGGUCACCUUGUUAUCUUUCGAGCAACAAUCGAGCGAACUCGACUCUUGUGGAAACUAUUAUUUCUGUUAUAGACAUUAGUGUGCAAUGAUUCACAUUAGAUGUGCUUUGGUUCUAAUACUUCUCGGUAUUGUUUAUGCCGAGAAGUUAAAAUCUCCGACAUUUAGUAAAGCUUACACUGCAAAAGGUACAUUGUACAUUCCGUACGCCGAAAUACGCGAACCUUUUUAUGCAUGGUACGAUGGGAAAAGUGGAUCUAGUCGAAUUGAUUAUUAUGGAGGAAUAGUUAAGACUUUCCAACUUGCCAGUAAAGGAUUGUAUGGUACUAGUAUCAAAGUUGCACCUAUUACUACGGAAUCUAUCACGAAUGAAGAAACGUGUCUUCAAGUAAAUGGUUCUAGCGAUUUUAAGAUUCAUCCGCAGAGUAUUAUUCCUGAUACAACUGGAAUGGAGUGUAUCGGAGAGGAUGUUUUAAAUGGUUUGUCGUGUGAAAAAUGGAGGCUUGUUGAAAACUUUGGUGACAAACAGAAUAAGUAUACGUUGUGGAUACGUUAUAAGAAAUCUCCAUAUCUACCGCAAAAGAAGGAACCUAUACCGGUGAGAUACGAAAUGAUCGGUUUUAACAGCUUGCUCGGUUCUCAUUACGAUCAUUAUUAUCUGGAUUACGAUUGGUACUCCUUCGAUGCUCCCAGCCCAGAUGUGUUCAGAGUUACGGAAAAUUCUACGUGCAUUAGUUUCCCUGGACCUGGAGAUAAACAUAUAUAUACGUUCAAUCCUAUGCAGGAAUUUAUUCAUAAUUAUGAUGAGCACGUAAAUGUAGCAUUUAAGAAGUUUAAGAAAACACAUAAAAAAUAUUACAAGAACGAAACCGAACAUAUUAAACGCAAGGAAUUAUUUCGACAGAAUAUGAGAUUCAUUCAUUCGAUCAACCGUGCGAACUUGGGAUAUCAACUGGAUGUGAAUCAUCUGGCCGAUCGUUCUGCUCUUGAAAUGAAAGCUUUGCGUGGCAAACAGUAUACAAAAGGUUACAAUGGCGGUGAACCAUUUCCUCAUGAUAUCGAAAGAGAGAUAGCCAGCGUUCCCGACAAUUUGGAUUGGAGGCUGUAUGGUGCUGUGACACCCGUUAAAGAUCAAUCUGUAUGCGGAUCCUGUUGGAGUUUUGGCACAACCGGUGCGGUGGAAGGGGCGUAUUAUAUGAGAUAUGGAAAGUUAGUACGCUUAUCUCAACAGGCCCUCAUCGACUGUUCAUGGGGCUUUGGUAAUAACGGAUGCGAUGGCGGUGAGGAUUUUCGAUCCUAUCAGUGGAUUAUGAAGCAUGGCGGAUUACCAUCCGAAGAUGAAUAUGGCGGUUAUUUAGGCCAGGAUGGAUUUUGUCAUGUUAACAAUGUUACUAUGGCAGCUAAGAUUUCGGGAUACGUUAAUGUCACACCGGGAAACGUGGACGCUUUAAAGAUAGCUCUAGCGAACCAUGGUCCAAUUUCUGUCGCUAUCGACGCAUCUCACAAAACAUUUUCCUUUUAUUCGCAUGGUGUCUAUUACGAAGCCGCGUGCGGUAAUACGGAGGACAAGUUGGAUCACGCCGUCUUAGCUGUUGGCUAUGGUAUACUGAAAGGAAAGGCUUAUUGGCUAAUAAAGAAUUCAUGGUCAAAUUACUGGGGUAACGAUGGUUACAUACUUAUGGCGCAACAGGAUAACAAUUGCGGCGUUUUGACCGCACCGACGUAUGUUACGAUAUAACAGGGAUUUAUUAUUUUUUUCUUCUUCUUACGGAGAAUAGAUUUUAACGAUCUUAGCUCUCUCUUUCUCUCUCUAUGCGGUAAACUACACGCUCUAUAGAUGUCUGUCUGUGUGUGUGUGUGUGCGUGCGCGCGUAUCACUAUGUACGAACUUGACUGUUCAUAUUUUCUUAGUAGCAUGUUACUUUUUUAUUGAAUGCAAAAAAAAAAAAAAACGAAGAAGAAGGGAAGAAAAGGAUUAAGGAAAUGAAAAAAAUAUUUUUAACAACAAUUACUCGAUAUCGCUUUCUCGUGAGAUUUUUUUUGUUUUUGUAUAUCUUUAAUCGUAGAGUCAAAUAUUUGAAGAGGCUCGAUUAAUCUAUGCUUAUGUAAUUUGGAAAUUAAAAUGUGCUGUUUGUUUGGGCAAAGAAGUAGCCUCUAAUUCGUUUUGAUCGGUCGGGAUAUAUUACCAGAAAGAAAUGCAAAUUAUCUGACGUAUGGCGUGGUAUGAUAUGGUAUCGUAUGUGUAUUAGAAGAUUGACGUAAGUACAGGUAAAUUGAUUUGUGUCGUAUCUUUUACUCGAUGCACGCACGCUUCGUAAGCGGCGAAUGGUGAUGCAGCCAUACCAUAAGUAAGAAAAGAUCUAUCAGACUUUAAUGAAAGCGUUUUAUAAAAAUACGCUGUCGCUAUAAAAAUUGCUAAAAAUUUUCUAACGAUAAGAAUCUAUUAUAACAAAGUAAUUAUGUUUGAUUUCAUAAAUAUUUCCUUAUAAACGGUUCUUAUAGGUCAAUAAUGGCUACAUCACAACCAGCGACAAAGAGGUAACAUGCAUUAAACAAAAUUUUGGAACGUCGAUACGCGAUCUUUACCUUUCGACUUGUUCGAAUUGUUAAAAGACACUUAAUUAUUCUUAUUAAUGAUAAAAAUUAGAGAGAUGUAAUUGUAUGCCGUUUGUGCGUUUGUCCGUAAGAAGGAAAAAAGUAAAGUACAUACUUAUUUCGAAGUAUCUACAUACGUACAUACAUACAUUUUUACGAUCGUCGAACUUGCAACGAUAUACUUUUACUUUCUUUUCCUUUAAAUAGAAUUUAAAAAAGGAAAGAGAAACGCAAACUAUUUGGCGAAUUGAAACGGAUAGCGAUUCGCUCGUAUACGUUGCAUGUACAUACGAUCUCAACAGGAAGAAAUAUCUAUUUCGUUAUUUUACUUUCGUUUCGUCUCUUCUUUCUCGUCUUGCUUCUUUCUCCCUUCGUUAACUCUCUCUCGAUGAUCGAUAAAACAUAAAAUGCCGCUGUACAAUGUAACUUGAUUAUAUUUCGAAUUACAGUCUCCCCCUAACGAGCUUAUAUUUCAUGAAACUUACAUUAAAUUACUUUCACAGUC